GAUUUGGCGCCAAAAGCCAAGGCCUCUUCUCGCGGGGGAUCUUCAGAGUCUCGCGAUCAACGCGGUUUGGUAGCUGCGCCAAGCACCGCGCCGUGGCCACAGCCGUGCGUUUGAGAAGAAAAGAUGCUGGAACCACAGAAUGGCUUGAUUGACCUACCAGAUUAUGAGCGUGUGGAAGAUGAAACUUUUCCUCCUUUCCCACCUCCAGCGUCUCCACAGAGAGAAGAUGGUGAGGGAGCUGAACCUGAUGAAGAGUUAGGGAGAGGAGCACCUGUUCCUGUACCUCCAAAGAGAACAGUUAAACGGAAUAUACCCAGGCUGGAUGCUCAGAGAUUAAUUUCAGAGAGAGGGCUUCCGGCAUUACGGCAUGUGUUUGAUAAGGCAAAAUUCAAAGGUAAAGGCUAUGAGGCUGAAGACUUGAAAACGCUAAUCAGACACAUGGAGCAUUGGGCACAUAGGCUAUUCCCUAAACUGCAAUUUGAGGAUUUUAUUGACAGAGUUGAAUACCUGGGAAGUAAAAAGGAAGUUCAGACUUGUUUAAAACGAAUUCGACUUGACCUUCCUAUUUUACAUGAAGACUUUAUUAAUAAUAAUGAUGAAGUAAGAGAAAAUAAUGUACAUGAUGUAGCUGCUACCGAAUCAGAUCCCUUUUUGACAAGCUCAUUGGAAAGUGAGAAGUUUGCUUCUGAGUCCAGUAGAAGCCUCACAGAAGAAGAACAGCAGAGAAUUGAGAGAAAUAAACAGCUGGCCUUGGAAAGAAGGCAGGCAAAGCUACUGAGUAAUAGUCAGUCCCUCGGAAAUGACUCAUUAGCGAGCAUACCCGGGGCAGAGACCAUUGAAGAGGUUAAUACAGGGGAAGAUCAAGAGGAGGAGUCAUCAAGCAGAUUUGACAAAGACAUUCUCGACAGUCCACACAGUGAUACUGCUGCCAAUGCUGUAAAUGAAGAGGAGGAAUUAAAAAUAGAGAAAACACAACUGGACCAAUCCUUUUAAAAUGUAUAGUGGUAACUUUAUGCUUUAUCUGGGAAUGUCACUGAGGUUGGACAGCCCUCAACUAAGAGAAAAGCUGUUAACUUGCUAUCCUCUAAGUUUUAGAUUACUAGUAUUUUGUCUACUUGGUGUGAAAAUCCUCAUGUAGUAAGACUUUCACAGAUUCCUGUUUAAAAUCUGGUAUUAUAAUUAUACUCGUUUCUUAUUUGAGUUGAUUUAUUCCCUUUAGUGUUUAUAUAGAUAUGACAUGAAAACGAUUAGGAGUUAAUAAGCACCUUCUGCUGCUAGUGUGCCAUUGAAUGUUUCCUUUUCACACAAUUGGGUGUUUUUAAGAUGUAAAUAUAUAAUGAAUAUUAAUGUCUUUUUUAAAAAGAAAUAGAAAUCUUACAAAUUGCCUCUAAA